AUGGGCGGGUGUGUGGGCUCCCAUCACGACUCCUCGGGCAGCCUCAACGAGAACUCGGACGGCACCGGAGUUGCUUUAGGUCGUAAUCAACCCCUGAAAAAAGAGAAACCAAAAUGGAAAAGCGAUUACCCAAUGACAGAUGGACAGCUGCGCAGUAAAAGAGAUGAGUUUUGGGACACAGCACCAGCUUUUGAAGGCCGCAAGGAGAUUUGGGAUGCUCUCAAGGCUGCUGCACAUGCGUUUGAGAGCAAUGAUCAUGAACUGGCACAAGCAAUCAUUGAUGGUGCAAACAUAACGCUACCACAUGGUGCUCUUACAGAGUGCUACGAUGAACUGGGCAACAGAUACCAGCUUCCAGUCUACUGCCUGGCCCCACCUAUCAAUAUGAUAGAGGAGAAGGGAGACCUGGAGACUCUAGAUAUUCCCGAUCCACCACCCAAUUCUGGGCAUGAAUGCCAGCUUCGCUUGCGCCUCUCAACAGGCAAAGACCUCAAACUUAUGGUCCGCAGUAUGGACACGGUAUAUCACAUGAAGAGGCGACUGCAUACGGUGGAAGGAGUGGAGCCCAGCAGCCAGCGCUGGUUCUUCUCAGGCAGGCCGCUCGCAGACAAAAUGAAACUGGAGGAGCUGAAAAUCCCGAAGGAUUAUGUGGUGCAAGUCAUUGUGAGCCAGCCCUUAGCAAAUCCAACCCCAGUGGAAAACUGA